AUGAUAAAGGACCUGUGGUUAGUUGCAAAUCUUGCAAUUGUCACGGAGUUAUGGAAGUUACGCAAUAAGUCUUAUUUUGAUAAUAUAGCAGUUCAAUGGCUUGGAUUUAAAGGGAGAGUUUAUCAGGUAAUUCGUGAUAAUUCUAUUAGAAUGAAGGGUCACAUGUAUAAUACUUUAGAGGAGUUACGCAUUCUGAAUUAUUUCAAGGUGCGGCAUAGAUCAUGCAAAACGUCUACCCCAAUUGAGAUUAGUUGGACUCCUUCUAAUCAAGAUGAAAUCAUGAUCUGUUGUGAUGGUGCAUCUUUCGGAAACCCAGGCCAAGCUGGUUCAGGUAUUGUUUUCCGUGAUGCAAGUUCGGAGGUGCUUGGUGUUCUUUGUGUUGGCCUUGGUUGGCAAACCAAUUUCUAUACGGAAGUAUGUGCGAUUAUUUAUGUUGCGAUUGUGGCUAAGAGAUGGAAUAUGCGGAGUAUUUGCAUUCGUUAUGAUUCGAAGAGUUGCAUACAAGCUUUUCAAAAGGGUGAGCUUCCUUGGCAUCUGGUGCAGAAGUGGAAAAUUGCGAAGUCUUACUACAACAACGUUCGUUAUAUUCAUAGCUAUAGGGAGGUUAAUUUCUCAGCUGAUGCCUCGGCCAAGAAAGCUUGUUUGCUGGCUGAGGAUAUUUUUGAGUUUUAUGAGGGUAGGCCAGGUUUUAUUCCAUCUGUGGAAUGGCCUGGAAGGGUUUAUUAUCGCUUCAAUUAA